AUGCUUCCGCCAAAAGACGACCAUCUCAUCCUCGACUUCUCUGGCCCACCACCAGACUUUUCUCUUUACGAUGCAGAGUUCUUUCAAGUAGGCUACGAGGACAUCGUAUCACACGAUCCCCAUCUCAAUACAGAUGGAGAAGCUCUGUAUCGUUUUCUUAUUGCCCAAUCAGCCAGAAUCCCCUUUUGUCGUCUCCAUUGUCGGGGAACUCACACAGAGCACAAGAGUCGUUGGGUAACCGACCGCGACAGCAACGGUCGCACCCAGUCCCGUCGCGAGACCUACUCAGAGACAGUCACCGAUUUUGACUUUUGCAUUGACAUCAAGCCUGGUCAAGAACUUGACCCACAGCCAACCCAUUGGUCCGUGGCAGACCAUGAGCCAGCGUAUCGUGGUCUUAUGGUUCGCGAGGUAGAGAUGCCCUUGGCUGCAGGGAAGCGCACAGCAACGAGGAAGGAGAUCAAAGAGUACAAGGCUUUUGUCGCACAACGCAAGGCCCUUGGUCUACCGCCCUGGGUUGCCGACCUCAAUACCGUCUGGACAGAGGGCGUGUCGGAGCAGGAUCACGUCCUUAAAUCCUCAAUGUCACUCCGCCAGUGGGCCGACGAGUAUUGCGCCAGCCCAAAGUAUCUAAAAGAGUUCGUCUAUGACCAAGUGAGUUCUCGACUCCAAUUAGUCACUACAGAGUGCCUGACCCAACAAAAGGUGCUUUACGGUUGGGACAUGCAGGAACUUGAAGACGCAAUCUGUGCCAAUAUAAAGUCUACUCCCUACAAUGGAUCCCUUGAAGUCGACUUUACCAUGCACCGCUCAAAGAUUUACAUUCGUCCAGACAACAAACUGUCCAGAAUGUUGUCCAACAAAUGGCUCAAAUUCCUUUCCAUCAUUCUCUUGGUAUUCCCCUUUAUUUGGCUUUUCAAGCGUUUCCAUUCACGGGGAGGCGGCCGCUGGGAAGUCUGUGGAGGCGCCUACCCGUUGAAGCGCUGGGUUCCUCUUGACGAUGUCGAGGAGGACUCUGACGCUGCGCCUCCGACAUACGAUGCAAAGUCUGCACCAUCGGCUGGCCCAUCGACAAUGAGGGCUUCAUCCUCAAAACUUAUCCAAACGUCGACUGGCCCAAAGAAAUUGCUUGGUUUGAGGGAAGGUGAUUGGUUCAGGUCAUGGGAGCAUGUCAUAUCCAGAGCCGUCGUAGGCCGCUAUCAAUCCACGGAACCUCUCCUUGAAAACCGAGUUCAAUUUCCAAUGUUGGAUGGCUACAAUGACCCACUUUGA